CAUCUCCGUCUAUAAUCGCCAUACGUUUGCCGCCACAGUCGCCGGAGCUCAGCCAUAGCAGCUACAUUUCGUAAAACCCUCGCCAGCCUCAGCGACAAUCGUCGUUAGCUCCUGAAGUUGACAGUAUAAUUUGUGCAAAUUCAAAGGAGGCUUUUUCUGUCUUCUGGUAUUUUGGCAUGAUCAAGUCUGCUGUUCUUCCUUGCAAGGCUUCGACAUUUCCCCCUGCAAAGUCUGAGGGGCCUAACUUGUUGAAGUGCAAAGGAAUAAGGAUGGAGCUCACUAUAACACGCCCUGAUGAUUGGCAUCUUCACCUUCGUGAUGGAGAUCUACUCAAAGCUGUUAUCCCUCACAGCUCAAACCACUUCGGUAGGGGAAUUGUGAUGCCAAAUCUGAAACCACCCGUCACUACAACAGCUGCAGCUGUGGCUUACAGAGAAUCCAUAUUGAAAGCACUGCCUGCCGGUAGCGACUUCACUCCUCUCAUGACACUUUAUUUGACAGAUACCACAAGUCCGAAUGAGAUCAAGCUUGCUAGAAAAAGUGGGGCUAUAUUUGGUGUGAAGUUGUACCCUGCUGGUGCAACAACAAAUUCUCAAGAUGGGGUUACAGAUCUUUUCGGGAAAUGUCUACCUGUCCUUGAGGAAAUGAUUGAGCAGAAUAUGCCUUUACUUGUUCAUGGGGAGGUUACGGAUCCUAGCGUUGAUGUAUUUGAUCGUGAAAAAGUUUUCAUUGACACUGUUUUACAACCUUUAAUCGAGAGGCUUCCGCUGCUGAAAGUUGUGAUGGAGCAUAUAACCACUGCAGAUGCCGUUAGAUUUGUGGAGUCAUGCAAAGAAGGCUUUGUGGCAGCAACUGUCACACCACAACAUCUCCUACUUAAUAGAAAUUCUCUCUUCCAAGGAGGAUUGCAGCCUCAUAAUUACUGCCUCCCGGUUCUUAAAAGAGAGAUACAUAGACAGGCUAUUGUGUCUGCUGUUACUAGUGGAAGUAGAAGAUUUUUUCUUGGAACUGAUAGUGCUCCUCAUGAGAAAAGAAACAAAGAAUGUUCUUGUGGGUGUGCUGGUAUAUUCAAUGCCCCUGUUGCACUAUCCUUAUAUGCCAAAGUCUUCGAAGAGGCUGGUGCUCUAGACAAGCUAGAGGCAUUUACAAGCUUUAACGGUCCGGAUUUCUAUGGGCUUCCGAGGAAUACUUCAAAAAUCAAACUGAGAAAGACUCCUUGGAAGGUUCCAGAUUCUUACUCAUUUUCGUUCGGAGAAAUUGUCCCAAUGUCCGCCGGUCAAACACUCGAGUGGAAACCAUCUUUUGCCUGAUUCACCUCUCAACUUAAGAGAAUAAGUUAUGUCUUCUUUUAUCUUCUGUGAUUUCUAUGUAACAGCUUUUUGCUCUCUUCUAUGAAUUAACAAUACAAUAUGAAGCAAAUAACCAUAAUUCUCAAUUGCCCAUUUGUAU